AUGGAGAAAUCCUCACGGAUUCAAGUGCCAUUUGUGGCAGCUGCAGUGUCUCUGGGCUGUAUUCUGACGGUAGCAGUAGUCCUUCCAGUAUUGCACAUUCAACUGGAGAUGGCACAGACGCGUCUACAAGCUCGAAUGGAUGCUUUUAAGUACACCGCUCGUAACAUCUGGCAAGAUAUUGUUCUUGUCAAAAGCCAUGGCCGUAUUCGACGUCAAGGAUAUAGCAACUAUGAAGCGAGUACGGAUAGUCAACAAUGCACGUCGUGCGUACAAUUACAAUGCCCACCAGGACCACCUGGACCACCCGGUGUUAAUGGAGAACCUGGCAUGGAUGGUGCGCCAGGACGUCCUGGUAAACCUGGUCUCGAUGGUCUUGAUGUUCCUCUUGACCCAGAGCCAAGCUUCCCUUGUGUAAUUUGUCCAGCAGGACCGCCAGGAAAUCGUGGACCACAAGGUGAAACUGGUCGGCCAGGAUUGCCUGGAGAACCAGGUCAUCCUGGUCUACCUGGACGCCCUGGAAAACCUGGAAGGGUGGGUGACGCAGGUCCGCAGGGAGAUCCAGGCGAGGAGGGUGAACCAGGAAUCAAGGGUCCACCUGGAGAUGAUUCAAUCGGCGGCACGGGAAUCAAGGGCCCCCCAGGACCACCUGGACCACGUGGGCCAAAGGGCCCACCAGGAACUAAUGGCAUGCCAUCGCAGAAUCCUGGACCAGCUGGUCCAAUUGGAGAGACGGGACCUCCCGGCCCUCCAGGUCCUCGUGGAGAGCCUGGACCUCCUGGACCAUUUGGCCCACCUGGUGAUGCUGGAGAACCUGGAGGACACUGUCCAUCAUCCUGCGGGGUACAAGAGAUCGUUGCACCGUCAAUUUCUGAGCUCGACAUUGGUGAGCAUCAACAGGGUUAUCCGCGUAGUGCUGAGCGAGGUCACUACAGUGGCGGAUAUGGUAAGAAAUGA